UGGCGGGGCCGGAAGUGGCGGGAGGUGACGUGUGCAGAGCCGAGCCGGUGCGGGAUGGAGGGGCUGUACCAGCAAACCAACAAGCAGGUCCAUGAGGUCCAGUCUUACAUGGGGCACCUGGAAACUUCAGACAAAGAGUCAGUGCACUUGGUAGAAAAUGAGAUUCAGGCAAGAAUAGACAACAUAUUCAGCAACUUGGAACGUCUGGAAAUCCUGUCCAGCAAAGAACCUCCCAACAAGAGGCAGAGUGCCAAACUGAGAGUGGACCAGCUGAAAUACGAUGUGCAGCACCUGCAGACAGCCCUGAGGAACUUCCAGCACCGCCGGUACCUGCGGGAGCAGCAGGAGCGGCAGCGCGAGGAGCUGCUGGCCCGCACCUUCACCACCAACGACUCUGACACCACCAUCCCGAUCGACGAAACCUUGCAGUUUAAUGAAUCCCUGCAGAGUGCCCACCGAGGCAUGGAUGAGCUUAUUGGCAGUGGCACCAACAUCCUGGCGGGGCUGAGGGACCAGAGAGUCACAUUAAAGGGCACUCACAAGAAGAUCCUGGACGUUGCCAACAUGCUGGGCCUGUCCAACACGGUGAUGCGGCUGAUCGAGAAACGCGCCUUCCAGGACAAGUUCCUCAUGCUGGGGGGCAUGGCCGUGACCUGCCUCAUCAUGUUCCUUGUUGUGCAGUACCUGACAUGAGCUGCUCACCUCCUGCAAGAGGACUGUCUCCAGAACUGACUUUCCUCUGGGUGCUGCUUUGGAUGAGCCCUUCCCGUGGACUUCAGAGUUUACAAAUCCCACUUGGACAGUGUCACGUGGAAGGCACGUCGGGAAAUGGAUGUGUCUGGGGAUGCUGUGCUUGAGAAUGGCCCUGUGAAAAUAACCCUUGGCCUUUACUGCUCUCCCCUCAAGCCUGCAGGUUUAAUGGUCUGAUUAAUAGGAAGCAGAAGUGAAGAUUGUGCCCAGCUGUAGCAAGGCAGGAAUGUCCCUUUGGGCACACAGGGAUGGGAGGAUGCAAAGGCACAGCCUGGGAUGCAGCGAGUCUUUCCUGUGCUGGCCAGCACUGACCUGACCCCUGCAUUUUACAGUGCAAGAAUGGCACAGAGAAUUUCACAGUGUUCAUGGACCUGAGUUCGGCCUGUGGGACUGAGUUUGCAAAAAGAUUUGGGAAGUGAAGGGCUCCCAUCUGCUGUUCCAUUUGCUUGGAGGAGGAGGAUGUGUGGGAAGACUUAGAACACGGUUAUAACCUCAGUUACCUUCACACACAGUAUUACCCAGCACAGAUCUCUGGUUUAGACUGAAAUGCUGCUCUGCUCCUCUGAGGGGUGUUCUGGUCUCUCUCUGCCCUGCUGCUUCCCAGGGGGUGCUGAGUGCCAUGCUCCCUCCUGCUUCCACUGGGAUGCACGUCAGGCCUGUGGUAUCUCCCCAGGCCUCCUGCCAAAUCCAGCCUCCAAAACUGACAUUUCUAAUGCCAGAGCACAAAGGUUUGGGGAGCUGUGUUAAUUUCCUGAGGUGCUGGUUGGGUUUGGGGCUCUGGAGCUGGAACUUCUGAGUGGAUGGAGCAGGUGAGUCCCCCUGUACUCCCUGGAGGUGUGGGAUUAUUCACAGAGCUGGAAUGAGUUCUUCACACCAGAGGAAUGGUGGGAUCAGCACAACAGGCCCUGGCACUGAAAAAUCAGCUUGGUCAGAGAGUUUCCUCAAGUCUGUGCCUUGGGAUGGAGAUGUCCCCACCCUUGGGAAGGGCAUUCCCCUUUGUACCUGUGGAGUCCUGUGAAGGACACUCAGAUGUGCCACCUCCUGGGGGUGGUGCUGGCUCACACUCAUCACCUUGGGGUCAUUCCCUGCCCCCAGUGAAACACUGGAGCUGUGAAAUCCUUGUCUCAGCCUGGCACCACCCCCCCUGCAGCCUGGGGGUGUCUGAUAGAGGGGCCAUCCUGGCAUUGUAGGCAUCAUCCAUUUCAGUCACCCCACAGAUCCUUUCCUAUCCCCAUGUGUAGCAAGUCUGGAGCAUUCCCUGAUGUCUGACAGUGGCACAGAAGUGUCAUACCCUGAUAAUGUGGCCUUGUGCUGGCAAUUCCUUCCCUGUCUGGAAUAGUUGUGGGUCUCUGGAUUAGUAACUAAUCAGAAGCUCUACACUUGCUGAGUGCACUGGGCUUUGCUUUCAAUAUGUGAUCUGUUGCAAACUGGGAGGAAGGGUUUUAAUAAUUGAAAAAAAAAUUAGAAGUAAUUUGAGGGAAUAUGGACCAUGAGACAGGGCCAUGCUGGUGACCAGAGCUGGGGUGGGGCCCAGCCAGACACCCAGAAUGGCCCCUGUUUAUGGGCUUCUCUAUUUAUUUGAUAUUUCUGAAGUGUUUCCUGCUCUUGGAGUUCUGUUUGUCCAGGUUUUCCAAGGAAAUAGUGUAGCAGAGCAAACAUGGAACUGGUUUUCAUUUGAGCCCAAGGAAGUAAGGAAUUAAAAGGAAAAGAGGGUGAUGGAGCAUCUGUUUUGCUGUGUAGUAGGAAUCAUAAAUCCCAAUUUGCCCGAAAUUUAAUUUGGAUAUGAAAUCUGAUGGAUUCAGCCCUUGAGAUGGCAGCUGAGCACUUGCAAGGGGUCCUGGCAAAUCUCAGUUCUGAUGAACUGAUCCAUUUCCACUGCAUUUUACAGUGUUGGGGUUUAGGGUUUAAGGCUGUCAUUGUCUAAAGUUUCUUUAGUUGUGACCUGGUGUAGGAGAGUUUCUCUUACACCAGGGUGGGCCUCUGGCCAAUCUCUUUCCUUUUGGGCUGUGGUAGGAGCCAUAAGAUACUUGGAACUGGAUUUUUUUUUCCUGUUUCUGAGCCUAGCUUGGCAUUUUAAUAGAUGCUUUCCUGUUGAUUUUGCCUUCUGAAGUCUUGUCCCUGCACAGGCUGGUUUCCCCUUGGUGAGCCAAGUGUCCUUGCUACCCAUGACACCCAAAGGUGACACAGGGGGCUUGAAGGAACCACCUGGGGAACUGGAUCUGGGGACAUGUGACAUCAGACACGUUUGUGGUGCCUGUAAAUCCACAGAGAUUCCAAGGCCAGCUCAGGUGGUUUGUGUGAUACCCAAAAACCUGCAUGGCAGUGGGACAUGGCAGGGACAUGGGUAGUUCCUUCAAGCCCCACAUCUCCCCUUUGGAUGCAGUGGAAAAUGAGCUGGAGCCCUGGUGGGAUUGUGGUCUCUGCCAAAGGAGAUGAGCUGGAGCUCUGGAGGCUUUGCUGCUGCAGCUUGGUGGUGUUUCCUUCAUCACCAAACACUCACUUCUGCUUCCAAACUGUGGCAUGAGUUCCAGCUCUGGGGUGAGCUGGUCUCAGGAGGGGACUCUGGGAAUUCACUUGUCUCUGGAAUAAAACUUUUUACCAGUAUUUUAUACAUAAAGGAGCAAGGGUGGGACAUGAUUCAUGUGAUGUUCUGUGAAUAAAGAUUUUUUUUCAACCAAAA